GGAAAAUGAAAGAUCUCAGGAGAUUUGAAGGAGACAGAAUUACCAGAUGUGGAGACUGAUAGGAUACAGGAUGAGGAAGAGAGGAGUCUAAGGCUCAGCGAUAUGAGGCAGCAUCGACAAUUUAUGGACCGCACACAUUAUCUGCUUACAUUCAGCUCUUCAGAAACCUUGCUAAGGCUAUUGCUACGUAUUGUGGAUAGAGCACCAAAAGGCAGAACUUUUGGGGAUGUCCUGCAGCCAGCAAAACCUGAAUACAGAGUGGGGGUAGUUGCUGAAGUUAUAUUUGUAGGUGCUAACCCGAAGAAUUCAGUACAAAACCAGACCCAUCAGACCUUCCUCACUGUGGAGAAAUAUGAGGCUACUUCAACAUCGUGACAGAUAGUGUGUAAUGAUGCCUCCUGGGAGACUCGUUUUUACUGGCACAAGGGACUCCUGGGUCUGAGUAAUGCAACAGUGGAAUGGCAUAUUCCAGACACUGCCCAGCCUGGAAUCUACAGAAUAAGAUAUUUUGGACACAAUCGGAAGCAGGACAUUCUGAAGCUUGCUGUCACACUUUCAUUUGAAGGCACUUCCCCGGCUUUUGAAGUUGUAACUAUUUAGUGAAAAGUUGAUAGAUCAUUUAAAGAACAGCUUUACUCUCUACACAUUAUAUAAGUGAUUUCAAAUGAAUGUGAACUAAUGAACUACGAUGUUGACUUCUAUAAUCGUCGCUAUUUGGGGACAGAUAGUUUACUGCUAAUGGGGUGGAGGGGUGUGUGUGUGUGUGUGUGUGAGAGAGAGAGAGAGAGAGAGAGAGAGGUUUGUCCCAUAUAUCUUGUUCCAGCAGCCAUAUAUCUUGUGGUCUACAGCCUAAAGCAUGAUUUCCCUUGAAGUCUUGGGGUUGUUUAAAGGAGAGUCCCUUCAAUAUAAAACCUCUGAAAUAUUAGUGAGAAUGGCUCACUAAUGUGAACAAUGUUUAAACUAUUUAUUUAUAUAUAGAAUUCCUGAAUAUUAGUACUGGGAAAGUUUAUAGAAAUCAUCUAGUCUUACCCUUCAUCUUACAUAUAAGAAAAAUGGUCUUUUCUUCUAAUCACAUUUACAAAAUAUGAUAUAAACCUUGACCAUAAAUGUAUGAGCCUAAUUAGAGAAACAGAAAAUCAGCAUGUCAGUUUUCCUUCAUUCAAAAUAACAUAGUCUUUCUAAGCAGUCAUUCUGGAGUUAACAUGCCUAGUUCAGAGCUGCUGUGGAUGCUCAAAUCAUUUCUGGAAUUGCCUUCAGGACACAAUUAUGAGAAAGUCAGACUUCCAAUAUUUUGAUCAUGCCUUGUGUUUUCCUAAGUGUCCUUAUCCCACUGGAUUGUGUCUCUUACUCCCAAGACUUAUUCCAAAUGAUUUUUUGACUCUUUUCAUUAAUCAAAUUCACCCCAAACCAGAAAGUUUUGCCAUUAGCGUAGAUAUUAAAAAUAUUACUGGCUGGGAAAGCACUCCUCAAAGCAGAGGUUCUAAAUUAAUUUAUCUGUUCUUUUACCAUUUGCUCACUCACUCACUCAUGGACCCAUUCAAUCAUAGAAUAUUUAAGAUUUAUAUGCCCAGAAUUAUAAUAGUGCCUAGGCCUUGAUAAUUAGUGAAUUUGUACUUGGGGUGAAUGUGUAAGUGUCAAAAGGUAACUAUUAUGAAGGAGAAAAUAAUCGAUUUAAUAUGUAAAUUCUGGGGAGGCAUUUAAAAAAUCAGUAAUCUUCAAGUUAUAUCUUGUGUAUCAUCUGUGUUGGAUACUCUAAUUUGGGGGGAAAGAGGCUCCAGACAGUUUGCUAAAUACUAUUUUGAAAGUUAUUUUUGGGCAUUGUAAAAUACCUUGCUUCAUACCCCAAAGAAUAAGAUAUGACAAUCUGACAUCGAUUGUCUGAAAGUACUAAUUGCAUUUACAAUUCUUUAAGUUAACUACAAGCUCCCAGACUGCAAAGCAAAUUUCCAAACCCCAGGUCAUACUUUUGUAUGUAUGUAAAAGCUUUAGCAUUUUAGGAAAAAAAAUCAAUCUGUAUUUCAAAAAUAAACUUUGAGGUUUGAAAAUAAUAACAAUAUUAAUAAUGGUAGUAUUAACAUCUAUUAUGUAUAACUUAAUCUCAACAUAAUUUAUUGAAUUAGAAUGAACCUGGAACACUUUUUGAUGAAUUGGUAUCCUAGAGGCUGUUUCCUUGGGCAUUAACUGCUGGAGGAUUAGGUAAUCAGGGAUUCCAAGUGUUGUGAUCUUUUUUCUAAUGAUGCCACAGUCUUCAGUGUAAAAGUUCAGAAGCCUAAAAGAGCAAGUGAUCCUGAAAGUAGCUGAUUCCAGACAAGAAAAUUAUAUUAGAACUCAUGAUAUGGUUUUUUAAAGUAUUUGUUAUUACUCAGAAGGGUUUGUGAAUCAGUUUCCACUACCUCUAUUCCUUCUAUUGAAGCUUUCCUCAAAUCUACUUGUGAUUCCUGAUAGCUCACUGGCAACUGUACCAAGGUGGCCACUGUAUCAUCUACUGAUCCUUCUGCACCUAGCACUCUUGGCUCCAGAUAACGCACAGAAACCUAUUUUCUCACCAGCUGUCAUUUCUUCUAGGGCAUGCAGUUCUAUGUUCACAGUUCAUGUGUAAAAAUAAAACCAAAUUCCUGGAUUAUCAAUAUCAGUUCUUUACCUGUGCAUAAAAGAUAUCAUGAAGUAAUUGAACUUAUCUGUUGAUAUAAAAACACAGAUCCAAUUCGUGUCUGUGGAUGCUGCAGGGACUGGCUCAUUGGAGCCAAACCAUGUGGCGGAAACUCCUGAAAUUGGUGGAAAAAGUGGAAUAUGGCAGAUUGGGUAGGUAGGAGAACAAUUUUGGAGAUUUUGUUUCUCAUGUUAAAGUGUCUGCAUUUUAUUUGCUGUACCCUGCCUACUCUGGUUUUAAGGAUUUUUUGACUUCUUCGAAAAGCACUGAAUAAUCUCUUUUCUGGGUUUAGAUUUUUUGAUGAGUACUGUGUAAAAUUGUCAAUAUUCAAUGGAUUAUUUAAUAAUAAAUUAAGAAUUACACUCAUAAAA